UUUACAGAUACGUGGCUCAUACGGAAUGCGAACAAGAUUUAUCCCUGUGGACAAUGCGAGAAAGCAUAUGCAUAUGCAUCUUCCCUUUAUCGUCAUCUUAAACUCGACUGUGGCAGAUCACCCGAAUUUCACUGUACUUACUGUCGAUUGAGUUUUGUCGUUGAGAUUUUUGUUGACGGUACGAAAGACGUAGAUACAACGACUAGACAACAGCCACAAGACGUCCGGACUUAUUGGUGUAGGGACUGUCACAAGUCUUACAAUCUAAAGUCCUCCCUCACGCGACAUCGCCGCCUGGAAUGCGGCAAGAAUCCUCAAUUCAACUGUCCUUAUUGCGGUUUCAAAUCAAAGCGAAAGUACAAUUUGAAUCAGCAUAUAACGACUAUACAUAAAAUGAUAUUCUUUUAGAAUGUCAAAAAGGAUUAGAUACUUAAAAAAAGAAACGUCCAAUUGGACAUAAUGAAAAGGCCAAAAGAUUUUUGAACGAGUGUUCAGUGAAUUUCGAGUGAUUCGAAGAUAAUGGCAAAGGGUGAAGAAAUUUAAAAAAAAAAAAAAGAAUGCCAAAAAUCCCAUCCUUAAAUAUUUUCAUCUCCAUUAUAGAGAGGCUAGUGAAAAAUAAAAAUUUUGACGUUUUUCUUACAGAAACAUUUUUUGUUACCUUUAUUUGUACCUAUGACUUUCUUCUUUCUUCUUCUCUCUCUCUCUCGCUCUCUCUCUCUCUCACUCUCUAUCCAAUCAGUUUCGCAGCAUCCACGGAAUUCUGCCACCUAACAAAAAAACUUCUUCUAACGUGACGUCGCCGCACUGUGGUCACUUUAGAACAAGUACUAAAAGAUAUUGUCCGGAU